ACACUCUGCUUGCCAUUGUGGGUGAUGUGCGGGUGGUUUUCGCGGGUGCUGGACUCUCCGCCUUCACCGCCAUCUUGGCCGUGAUCUCGAUUUCGAUUCGGCUUUUCGACAACGACACACAGGCGAUAGAUACCACUCUCCAAUCGACCACAAAUCCGCCAUGGCCAACCAGCUGCAAAUUAGCGUUCCUUUCCCAAAUGCCGCCCUGGCCCAGAUCGCCCUCAAAACCCUCUCUGUCGACAGAGAGCUCAAGUCCGACCAACUGCAGCGGGAAAUGCGAGUGGAGGGGCACUAUCUGUACAUCGAUUUCAAGGCUUCGACAGCACGCCUGCUGAGGGCUUCGGUCUCGGGCUUCUUCGAUAUGCUCAUUCUGGUGUGUCGAACGAUGGACGAGUUCGCCCAUGUCGAAAGCUAGCUUCUAUCGCCAGGCCGCUCACCCAGCAGUCAGCAUGGCACCACCACCAAAUUUCUUGCACCGGC